AUGACUGACGCGCCGGAAAAGCAAGGCGUCUCGCCGCCAGUGGAUGACGAAAAGAACAAUGACAAGAAAGAUGUGGCGAGCCAAGUGCGCCCCCAGCGCGAGGCAAACUUUCACGAUUAUCUGAGAGUAUUCAGAUACGCCAGCAAAUGGGAUUUUGCCGCAUAUGCCUUUGGCUCCUUGGCCUCGGUCGGCGCUGGCAUCACGCUGCCCCUGCUCAAUGUCGUGUUCGGCCGCUUCACCAGCCAGUUUACUAGCUUUGCUGGCUCUGGCACCCUAUCCCCCGAAGCUUUCAGGUCGACCCUGCAAAGGCUGUCAUUAUACAUGCUUGGCCUGUUUCUCGGCAGACUCUUCCUCAACUACAUCAACAAAUUUGCCUUUCGCAUGAUUGGAAUCCGCAUUUCCUCGGCCAUCCGUCUUCACUUCCUGCAGGCUCUCUUUGCGCAGAGCAUCCACGUCUUUGACUCGAUGCCGCCCGGCUUCGCCACCAGCACAAUCACCACCACGAGCAACACGCUGCAGCUCGGCAUCUCCGAGAAGCUCGGCACCUUUAUCGAGUUCAACGCAACCAUGGUCGCCGCCAUCGUGGUCGCCUUUAUCUACAGCUGGCGACUGACUCUGGUCACAUCGUCGGCCAUUGUUUUCAUCAUGAUUACCAUUGGCGUUUUGCUGCCCCUCAUCGUGAAAGGGCAAAGCCGCACGAGCAAGUUGGAGGCAAAAUCAAACGCCAUUGCCAGCGAGACUUUGGGCAGCAUUCGUAUGAUUAUGGCCUGCGGAGCCGAGAUGCGCAUCGCCAAGAAAUACGCUGCCGUCAUUGAAGAGUCUCGAAAGAAUGCACAGUCUACCAGUCCUUUGAUCGCCCUACAAUUCGGUCUCGUUUUUUUCGGCAUCUUUUCUGCUUUCAGUUUGUCCUUUUGGUACGGCGCCAAGGCUUUUCUCCAGGGCACUGUCAACGACGUCGGCACCAUCAUCGUGGUCUUGUUUUCCGUCAUGAUGCUUCUAUUUUCGCUCGAACGCACGUCCACGCCACUGCUCGCCGUGAGCAAAGCCACUGUCGCCGCCUGCCAAUUCUUCACCGUCAUUGACGCCCCGCGCCCUGAACCUGGCCACCUUGCCGCCCCCGAUAUCACGGCCGAUCAGGACAUUGUUCUCGAAGACGUCACGUUUGCGUAUCCGAGCCGUCCUCACGUCAAGGUCCUCGACAACCUGAGCCUGCGUCUUGAAUCGGGCAAGACCACCGCCAUUGUCGGUCCUUCUGGGUCGGGGAAGAGCACCAUUGUUGGCCUCAUCGAGCGCUGGUACUCGCUAAAAGAGCAGUACGUUGUGGCCAAGGCCGUCGAAAAGAAGAAAAAGAAGAAAAAGGGCGACAGUGACGACGAGGAGCCCACCGAGGAGGAGGCGGCCGCUGCUCAGGCUGAAUUGGAUGCCUUGUCCGGGCCUCCCAUUUCCCUCGCGGGCAGCGUCACCACCUGCGGCCACUCCAUCGACGACAUCAACGUCAAAUGGUGGCGCACGCAGAUUGGCCUCGUUCAGCAGGAACCUUUUCUCUUCAACGAGUCCAUCUAUGCCAACGUGAGCAACGGUCUGGUCGGCACGCAAUGGGAAAACGAGCCGGAGGAAAAGAAGCGCGAGAUGGUCAAGGCGGCUUGCAAGGAGGCAUUUGCGGACGAAUUCAUUGAUAAGCUGCCACAACGCUACGACACAACGGUCGGUGACGGCGGCGCCAAGCUCUCCGGCGGCCAGCGGCAGCGCAUCGCCAUUGCGCGCUCCAUUGUCCGCCAGCCUAAGAUCCUAAUCUUUGACGAGGCUACCAGCGCCAUCGACGUGCGUGGUGAAAAAAUUGUCCAGGCGGCCCUCGACCGCGUCGCCCAGAACCGCACCACCAUUACCAUUGCGCACCGGCUCUCCACCAUCAAAAAGGCCGACAAGAUUGUCGUCCUAAAAAAAGGCCAGGUCGUCGAGACGGGCACGCACGAGAGCCUGCUCGAUGUCGAAGGCGGUGUCUAUGCUGGUUUGGUCCACGCCCAGGCCCUUUCUCUCGGCGAGGCCACGGAUGCGGGUGAGGGUAUCCUAGAAGAACAGGCGGAUGUCGCCGAAGAGUUGGCGCACGAGACGAGCAAGGCCAAACCUGAAGCCGACGCCAUCGCGGCUGAAGCAGCGACGACUGACAAGAACCGCGGCUUCUUUGCCAGCUUUGGACGCUUCUUCUACGAGACGCGCAGCCACUGGCACAUGAUGUUCCUGACGCUCUUCUGCGCCGCCUGCGCGGGCGCGGCCAUCCCCAUCCAGGCUUUCCUGUUCGCCAAGGUCAUUGUCGUGUUUGGCUACGCGGCGGACCGCGCGCGCUUCCGUCGUGACAGCGAGUUCUACGCCCUCAUGUGGCUCAUCCUCGCCCUCGGCGUCGGCGCCGCAUACACGUGCACCUUCUUCUUCGCGACGCGCACCGCCAACGUCAUCCGCGCCAAGUACCAGCGCGCGUACUUUGUCUCCAUCCUGUACCAGAAGCCGUCAUUUUUCGACCACGACGACCACUCCCAGGGGACCAUGACGGCGCGCGCCUCUGGCGACCCGCAGAAGCUCGAGGAGCUGAUGGGCGCCAACAUGGCCAGCGUGUACAUUGGCCUCUUUACUCUGCUCGGCUCCAUCCUCAUCGCCUUUUGCUUCGCGUGGAAGCUCGCCAUCGUGUCGCUCUGCGUGGUGGUGCCCAUCCUGCUGGGGUCCACGUACUGGCGCUUCCGGUACGAGAUUGAGUUUGAAAAGAUGAACAAUGCCGUGUUUGCCGAGAGCUCCAAGUUUGCGUCCGAGUCCAUCGGCGCGUUCCGCACCGUCGCGUCGCUGACGCUCGAGGACGCCAUCUGCGAGCGCUUCCGCGGCCUCUGCCGCGGCCACGUCGUCGAGGCCUAUAAAAAAGCGCGCUGGGUCAGCCUGCUCUUUGCCUUUUCCGACAGCGCCACCAUGGCCUGCCAGGCCCUCAUCUUCUACUACGGCGGGCAGCUGCUGCUGCGGGGCGAGUACGACCUCACGAGCUUCUUUGUGUGCUUCAUCGCCAUCAUGAACGCAGGCGAGUCGACGGGCCAGGCGCUUAGCUUCGGGCCGAAUGCGGCGCAGGUCAAGGACGCGGCCAACCGCAUUCUGCACCUGCGCGACUCCCAGAACACAGACGACGGCGGAAGCGCGGGCAGCACCUUGGCAGAUACAGACGGCGGUGUCAAAAUCGAACUCGAGAAUGUGCAUUUCCGGUAUCCUAGUCGGGACACGCCCGUUUUUAGCGGGCUCAGUCUGACAAUUGAAAAGGGCCAGUUUGCUGCCCUGGUCGGCGCGUCUGGUUGCGGAAAGACGAGCAUCAUCUCCCUUCUUGAAAGAUUCUACGACCCCGACAAGGGCCGCAUCCUCUGCAACGGGGAGGAUAUUGCCAAGAGCAACGUCUAUACUUACCGCCAAAACCUAUCGCUCGUCGCCCAGGAAGCGACUCUUUUCCGAGGCACCAUCCGCGAAAACAUUCUUCUCGGCGUCGACGAAACCACCGUCACGGACGAGCACCUACACCGCGUCUGCCGCGAGGCCGAGGUGCACGACUUCAUCGUCUCCCUGCCCGAGGGGUACAACACCAACAUUGGCUCGCGCGGCGUGACGCUGUCGGGCGGGCAGAAGCAGCGCGUGGCGAUUGCGCGGGCGCUGGUGCGGCGGCCGAGCAUCCUGCUCCUGGACGAGGCGACCAGCUCGCUCGACUCGGCAAGCGAGAGGCUGGUGCAGGCAGCGUUUGAGCGCGCGGGACGCGGCCGCACCAUGGUCGUCGUCGCGCACCGCCUCGCCACGGUGCAGAACGCCGACGUCAUCUUUGUGCUCGGCGAGGGCGGGCUGCUGGAGCAGGGCAGCCACCAGGAGCUGCUGAAGAAGCGGGGUGUGUACUGGCAAAUGUGUCAAAGCCAAGCGCUUGACCGGUAG